UCCAUAUGGGUUACUUGCGCAGCAGGGAAUAGCAGUUCCAUAUUGUUUAAGGAUUCCUAAAACAGGAAGAAAUAAAGUAUCGAUGCAUAUAUAGGUCACAAAACAAGAGAAUCCCAAUUCAUAAACGCUCAGAACUUCAAAUCUUCAAUUCCUGACUCACAGAUCAAUAGCAAUCACAAUGGGCGAUAUAAGGAUUAGAAAAGUUUGGGCUUGUAACCUUAUAGACGAGCUGCAAAACAUGGAUGCUGCUUUGCAACACUAUCGGCUGGUUUCCAUGGACAUGGAGUUCCCUGGAUUUCUUAGGAACACUCCUCGCCGAUCUGAUGAGUUCUCACUUUUCGCUGAUAUGAAAUUCAAUGUCGACAACCUCAAAAUACUCCAAUUGGGUAUUACAGUUUUCGAUGAAAAUGGUAUUAUUGCUGGAACUUGGGAGUUUAAUUUCAAGUUCCUACUGGAAAGAGACGUUUUUGAUCCUAACUCCAUUGAGUUUCUAAAGACGAACGGGAUCGAUUUUGAGGAGUUGAAGACGAACGGGAUCAAUAUGGUAUCCUUCCCUAACCUGUUUGCUCCUCUUUUCAAUAGACACAGGAAUUUAAAAUGGAUAACUUUUCAUGGAUUAUAUGACUUGGCCUACAUGGUGAAGCUGCUUACUCAGCAACGAUUGCCCAUGUCUAUUUUGGGUUUCACUGACAUUAUCGCCGCUCUAUUUGGCUGCUAUAUGUUUGAUGUCAAGUACAUCGCACGAUUCUACAAUGAUCUGCACAGGGGCGAGCUUGGAUUGGAGAAAUUGGCCAAGAUUCUUGGAGUUAGACGAGUUGGAGGGGCUCAUCACGCAGGAUCUGAUAGUUUAUUAACAGCUUGUGUGUUCACAAAGAUGAAAGCAGUCUACGGAAUAGAGGAAUCUAAAUUUGCAGGGUUCUUAUAUGGCAUCAGCACCAGAAUUUACAAGCCAGUACGCACACAAGUCCUUUCACUUCCUCGAAUUGGCAACCAAGGAUUCUCCAGCUACGGCAGGUGCUCCCUUCUCACUUCUGUCAACCAAUGACCUACGGCACCUUCUGUCGACCACCCAUCACUCAGCUUCAGUAGAGUGUUCCUUGAUUUAAAAUGAAUACUAUGAUAUAUUAGCUUUUGUUUUAUAUGCUUUAUCAUAUUAGAUACAAUUAAUAAAAAUUCGAAUUUACUUUAUG